AUGCAAGGCAAGUUUGCAUUGACUUCUUUGAAAUGGAAACGUACUUGGACUAAAAUGGCACUUCUUUCUCUCUGCAUCCUCUCUGUAUCAGUAGCACUUCUUCUGCAUGUUUUCUCUGACUCUAUUGACCUGAGCCGGCCUUCAGAUAUAGGGCUCAAUCACACUAUAAAUAUCUACCUCAAACCCGAAGAGGGGGUGAAAGUGGGCGUAUGGCACACUGUACCUGAGCGUCGAUGGAAGGAGGCACAGGGGAAAGAUCUGGACUGGUACGAGAGUGCUCUGGGGGACGGAUCGCCCGUUUUCAUCUACCUCCAUGGCAAUGGGGGUAACAGAUCCGCACCCCAUCGUAUUGGAGUUGCAAAUGUCUUGAGUGCUCUUGGUUAUCACGUUUUGGUGAUGGACUACAGAGGUUUUGGGGACUCCACUGGAGAGCCUACAGAGCCUGGUCUGAUUACUGAUGCUAUGUACUUGUACCACUGGGUUAAAGCACGCAGUGGAAACAGCCCGGUGUGUGUGUGGGGUCACUCGCUUGGCAGUGGUGUUGUGAGUACUACUGCAGUGAAAUUACUAGAACAAGGAAAACAGUUUGAUGGAAUAAUACUCGAAGGCGCAUUCCUAAAUGCGAGGAUGAAAACUAAUAAUCUUACUAAACACCCUUUUACUUGGUUUUAUUGGAAGUUCCCAUACAUUCAGUACUUCUUGUUCAAUCCACUGAAAAACAAAGAUUUGAACCUUCCAACUGAUGAGAAUUUGCAAAAAAUUCAAACUCCCCUUUUGAUUCUCCAUGCUGAAGAUGACCAUUUAGUGCCCUUUGCCUCAGCUCAAGAGAUCUACAGAAUUGCAAAAAAGACUCAAAAUUCAGAUGAGCGCGUCAAGCUUGUGCCAUUUGAUGCAUCACUUGGAUAUCUUCAUAAUGGUCUAUAUAAAGAUCCUGGUUUGCCAGAUAUCAUAAGGAAGUUUGUGCAGUCACUGAUGACAUGAUACACACACAGAAGGAUUUACACAACAACUAAUAACUGGCUAAACAACUGUAAAACUAGUGCCAUAAUAUUCAGUAGUUUUAAACAGUAUGCACUUCUUAGAUAUAAAUCAUUGUCUGAAGUAAAUUUUACAGAACUGCCCACAUUAAGGUAAAAUUAUUUUCUUGGUAAUAUUUGUAAACAAUUCCGCAAUCAAACCUAUUUUACAAAGCGUAAUAAAACCAGAUGUACUUUCUU